UCUGGGGGAAAAGUGCUAACACUUCACUGUCAACUUUAAACUGAUGUAAAAUGAUCAAAGUCAACCCCGGUCUGUUGUUGGCUCUAAUCCCGUCACCCUGGAGGAGGUGGCAGAGGACAGGAUGCUGGCAAUCAUGCCUCUGGGACAAAAAUAUAAACUCCUGCGCGGCAGGUAUAGCGGCGCGUUCCGUCCGUCACUGUUGCACUUAUACUGGCCUAGUUUACGCCGUGGAGGACUUUAUAAGUUCACCGCAGUGCCACGCCCAGGCCAGAGCAGCAGGAGGGCUUUACUUCUCGGGUUUCAGGCGGAGGAGCUCAGACACAACCUGAUGAGAGGAGCAGCUCUCACAGCUUAGCGGAACAGGCGCGUGUUGACAUCCCACCUCUGGAAUGCUGUGAGGAGUGUGUGAAGGAAUAACGAGGACCCAUCGAACAGCCAGGCUCAACUCAUGACUCCUUACCUCCUUUCUUCACCAUCAUCUUUCUGGCUAAUGCUGUGUUUCCUGCUCAGUGUCCUCUUGUUGUCCCCAGGGGUCCAUGGCCAAGGUCGUCUUAAGCUGACAGUCCUGUCUGAGGACAGACUGCAGAUGAAAUGGAAGGAGGCUGAUGGACCUGUUCAGGGCUACAAGGUUCGAGUGAGACCCAUCUCAGAGGUGCCACAGCCAGAGCUGAUGUUGACCACCACUCGGGGCCGGGCGACGGUGGCUGGACUGGACUCCAGUCAGGAAUACACCCUCCAAGUCCUUGUGCUCAAUGGGACUACAGAGAAACUUCUGGCAAAGAGACGAUUUACCAUGGAAGGACUUAGGGAGGGAGAAAUGAUCCGCAGUGAUAGCCGAGAGCAGAGGAAGAAGCUGUUGCCAGGCGGGUCAGGUUCAGGAGAUCUUGACGAUGUAACAGAGGCUCUCAUGGGCUUACCAACAAUUUUGUAUCCGGACCCCACCACCACCACCACUGCAGCUCCUGCUGCUGCUACUACUACAGAGGACCCAACAACAGAAACCCCCUCUCAGCUCCCUGAUGAGGCCCCAGAGAAAGCCUCCAAAGAGAAGAGGAAGCGGAAGAAAGAAAAAGAGCGGGAUCGCUCUAAAGUGGAGAAUAAGGAGGAGCAGGGCACGACACAGGGCAAAGCAGCUGAGGAGAAAUCCCGCAAGUCUCCCUUCACUACCCAACCGGUGACAGGUGUGUCUCCAAGGAAACCAUUUGAGUGUGACAGCAAUGCAGCAGCAGACAUCAUGCUGUUGGUGGACGGCUCCUGGAGCAUUGGACGCACCAACUUCAGACGGGUCAGAGAUUUCCUGGAGGGCCUGAUGACACCCUUCCACAUUGGGCCAGACCACAUUCAAAUAGGUCUGACUCAGUACAGUGGAGACCCCCGCACAGAAUGGCAGCUCAACAACUUCACCACUAAAGACCAGCUGCUUGAGGCAGUCAGGAAUUUCAGAUAUAAGGGAGGGAACACAUUCACAGGCCAGGCUCUGCUCCACGUGAUGGAGGAGAAUAUGAGGGCCGAGGCAGGUGCGAGGUCAGACACACCUUUUUUCCUGGUCUUGUUGACAGAUGGGAAGUCUCAGGAUGACGCCAUUGCUGCGGCAAACCGGUUGAAGAAUGCCGGCGUGGAGAUCAUCGCUGUAGGUGUAAAGAAUGCUGAUGAAGCCGAGUUAAGACAAGUGGCGUCGGAGCCAGUGGACCUGAAUGUCUAUAAUGUCAAUGACUUUCCUCUACUCAGCAAACUGGUGGCACGACUGGUCCACAUCCUGUGUGGGAGGAUAGAGGAACGUGGCAUCUCAAAACGAAUGGAGCCUCGACCUACAGCAGACCCAGCCCUCUCCUACCCAAGUCCCACUGAUCUCCGGUUUUCUGAACUGGGUUCCAGAGAAAUGAAGCUUCACUGGAAUAACCCUGCUAAACCAGUCCAACAGUACAGAGUGGUCUACCACAGCGCUGAGGGUCAGAGUCCACAGGAGGUGGUACUGGCUGGCUCUGAGUCCACUGUGCUGCUGGAAGGCCUGUCCUCUCAGACACUGUACCACGUGUCCAUCUUCCCCGUGUAUGAAGACAGUGUUGGCCUGGCACUCAGAGGAACUGUCACUACAUUACCACUGGCCAUGCCUGCCAACCUAGAAGUGACUCCGUCCUCUUACAGCGCGCUGCGAGUGAGUUGGGGUGCAGCACCCGGUGCAACCCAAUACAUGAUCCUGUACUCAGCACUCAACCACGGAGAACCUGAUGACGCUAAGGAGGAGAAAUUCAGUGCAGACCAGACAGUGGUGGAGCUGGCAGAGUUACUGCCGGCUACAGAUUACUCAGUCACUCUGUAUGCCCUGUAUGAUGAGGAACCCAGUGACCCUGUCACGGCAGUUGCCACCACAUUCCCUCUGCCACCACCAAUGAGUGUUCAGUUCCCAGUGGUCACCCACAGUAUGCUGAGGGUGACCUGGGUACCCGGAGCCAUGGACGUCCCUGGCCACCGAAUUACAUACAGUACUAACCAUGGCAGUGAUGUCAAGCAGGUGGAGGUAACAAGAAUGAACUCAGUGCUGGUGCAGAACCUCUCCUCUCUGUCUAGAUAUCUGAUUUCAAUCCAGUCUCACUACCCACAAGGCCUGUCUGCAGCACUCACCAGCAAUGUCACCACAUUGAAGGUGCCCUCCCCAUCAGACCUCAGGGUGACAAAUUUCUCAGGCAGUGACAUCACCGUGCGCUGGGAGGCUGCAGCUGAUGAUGUUGUGUCCUACCUCAUCAAGUGGAUCUCUCUGAGUGGAGGAGACCUUAGACAGCUGAGGGUCAGUGGUGAGAGUGAGGGGGCCAUCCUGGAGGGGGUGGAGGACGAUAAGGAAUACCAGAUCUCGCUGUCUGCUCUGUAUGGGGAUGGAGCGCAGAGUGAAGCUGUAGCAAUACGCUACAGCACCUUGUCAGGUGGAGGCCCAUCCAGUGUAUCUGUCUCAGACGAGACUGCGGUCAGCUUAUUGGUCAGCUGGGUACCUCCUAAUGCUCAUGUCCUUCAGUAUCGUGUGUCUUACACUGCACUGACUGGUGAUGAAAGCCAGGACAGCACUGUGUUGGUCCCAGGUGGUGAAAAGCGUGUGGUGCUGGAUUCGUUACAGCCAGAUACGCGUUACAGUAUCUUGGUCACCGCUGAGUACCGCAACAGAGAAGGAGGCAGCGGUUCAGCUCAGGGCAAAACCACCAGUCUGCGGGUCAGCAGUGUGAGUGUGGUCAGGUCAGACCACUCCAGUAUCUGUGUGUCCUGGAGACCUGUGUCUGCAGUCAAUGGGUAUCGUAUUGUCAUCCAGUCUGUCAAAGACAAGCAAACAAAGGAGGAAACUGUCAGUGAGUCCAGCAGCAGUCACUGUUUCACUGAUCUGGAGCCAGAGACUCUGUAUCGCAUCAGCGUGCACUCCCUUCUUGGUUCAGCAGAGGGCACUGCUGUCUCCAUUCUCCAUCCAACAGCUACAGCUCCAGCCAGAAUUCCCAUCCAUCCCCGGAUCUACCCUAUCCACAAUGAAGUCUGUCCUGAAGUGACCAUCAGACACAGCAUUGUUAAAGGAUUUGACAUGAUGGAAGCAUUUGGUCUGACGCCGAGAGCUCACUCGUCUGUGGAGGGCGUGGCAGCCGAGCCUUUUGUGUUCAACACCCUCCCCACCUACACUGUGUACAGAGACACCCAGCUGACACAGAGCACCAAGUUCAUCCACCCUGCAGGCUUCUCUCCAGAGCACACCAUCAGCAUCGCCUUCCGCAUGUUGCAGGAUACACCCAGGGAGCCAUUUGCCCUCUGGCAACUAACGGACAACGAUUUCCAGCCCAAGAUGGGAGUGGUGCUGGACCCUACGACAAAACAUCUGGUGUAUUUCAGUCUGGACUACAGGGGAGAAGUGCAGGAGCUGACCUUUGACCAUUCGCAGGUCCACAGACUGUUCUAUGGCAGUUUUCACAAGGUUCACCUGUCUGUCAGCCAGGUGAGUGUGUCCCUGUUUGUGGACUGCCAGCAUGUGGGCGAGAGGCCCGCCCGCCCGCUAGGCAACCUACCAACUGAUGGCUUUGAGAUGCUGGGAAAACUGGUGAAGACCAGAGGACCCAAUAGUGGAUCUGCACCGUUUGGACUGCAGUCCUUUGAGAUCAUCUGUAACACCACAUGGCCUUUAGAGGACACCUGCUGUGAUCUGCCUGGAGUGAGAGAUGAGGAGAGCUGUCCUGCCCCGGCGUACACCUGCACCUGCUCCUCCAACGUUCCUGGAGCCUCUGGUUCCCCUGGCCCGACUGGAAAGCCAGGCCCCCGUGGUGAGAAAGGAGAGAAGGGAGAUCAAGGCCAAAAGGGGGAAGUGGGUCCUCCAGGAAAGUCUGGACAAGAAGGAGGUCUUGGCCCCCUUGGCAGCGCAGGGCCCCGAGGCAUGACCAUGCAGGGCAAAAUGGGUCCACCCGGUGCAAGAGGGGAAAAAGGAGAUCCUGGGCGGCCAGGAGUCCAGGGUUCACCAGGACCUCCAGGUCCGAAAGGGGAGGAGGGGAUUCCAGGCCCCAAGGGCAUCAGGGGGGCUGAAGGCAGCAUUGGUCCACCCGGCAUCGCUGGAACCAGAGGUUUCCAAGGAAUGCCAGGACAUCCAGGGCCUUUGGGGGAAAGGGGCCCCUCAGGACCUGUGGGACCUAUGGGUCUGCCAGGAAAUAAAGGGGAACGAGGAGAGAAGGGGGAGCCUCAGUCAAUGGCCAUGAUCUACCAGCUGGUCACACAGGCCUGUGAGCAACUAGUCCAUAAGGAGGUGUUAAAGCUCGACAUGUUCAUUAAUGAGGUAAGUCGUAAACCAGCUCCUAUUGAGGAGCCAGUGGGGCCCCCUGGGGAACCUGGUAUACCAGGGCAGAGGGGCCCUCCAGGCACCAGAGGCACCGAAGGGCGUCGAGGCCGGACAGGGGAACCUGGCAGGCCAGGAUAUCCAGGAGAACAAGGAAGGAGAGGCAUGCCAGGGGAGAAAGGUGCUGCAGGAACCAAUGUCCAGGGGCCUGCAGGGGUCAAAGGAUUUGCAGGUCCUCCAGGUGAAUCAAAGCUGGGGAUCCCAGGCUCUAAAGGAGAUGAUGGUACGUCAGGACCCCAAGGGAUCCCUGGACCUCCUGGACAGCCGGGCGAGGUUGGACCCCCGGGUGUGUGCGACAGCAGUGGAGGCUGCCACAGAGCUCCCCAGCAAACAGAGGACCCUUAUUAUGGUUACCAGCCUUGAGUGGAUAUUAACAAGGAGGACACUGACUGACGUCUGUUUGAAAAGACUAUGGUUCCUUUGGAGUUGAAUAAUGGACUCUGAAUGGAAAUGAAAAAGCACCACUGAGGAGGUUUUGUGUGUUGAACUUGCCACUGACUGAUCUGAAGCUCUACAGUAUGUGAGCAAAGGAAACAAUAGAGGAAGGGAUCUGUCUGUCUUCUUAUUACAGUGUUCCUCAACAUUAAAUAACAGAGAGAAAUAUACUAAGAAAAAGUCUGAAGUUUUCCAGUAUAGAAUAGUGUUAUAAUGGACAGAGUCAUAAAGGAAAAUAAUUUCCAAUGGGAUCAGUCAUGUUUCCUCUCAUAUAGUGUACACCAUAUUCGCACUGAAACCUUUUGUUUAUCUUUGUUUAUGUAUUCAUGCACUGUAUCAAUGCUAAGUAGUUUAGCCAUCUGUGGUACAUUUCUACUUAUUUCAUGUGUCAUUUUAACCUGAACUGCCUCAAGGAUAAUGAAAAUGGAUAAUCCAUGGUGUAAAAGCUUCUUUUUGUUCCAUGGUAUACGUGAAACUGUGAGAAUUUCAUGUCAUGUGUAUGAUCAUUUGUAUAUUGUUUAUUAUAUGUACUGAAUUCAGUUAUUCUUGUAUGAUAUUUUAUCUGUACCCAUUUGUAUUGAAAAAUCAGGUUUACAUUUUAUGAUUUCCUGGGGUUUGGAUGAUAAAUAAUAGUGUGUGAGUUGGGGGGGCAGACAGUGUCAGAGAGGCUUUUUCUUGUUGUUUUUCGUUCAUAUGUAUGUUUUGUAUCUUGUUAAUAAAUUUACAUUAAUAUGUGUUUAA